CUGACGUCGACUCUUUGAGUCGCUGCGAUUCCGGCUGGGUGAUAUGGCUGCUCAGAAGAUCAACGAGGGCUUGGAGCACAUCGCUAAAGCAGAGAAAUACUUGAAAACUGGAUUAUUAAAAUGGAAACCAGACUAUGACAGUGCAGCUACAGAAUAUUCAAAGGCAGCUGUUGCUUUUAAAAAUGCCAAACAAUUUGAACAAGCAAAAGAAGCAUAUUAUAAAGAAGCUCUAUCCCAUGAAAAUAAUAAAGCUUUCUUCCAUGCUGCAAAGGCUUAUGAACAAGCGGGUAUGAUGUUAAAGGAGAUGCAAAAACAUCACGAUGCAGUGGAACUGAUUCAGAAAGCCAGCAUGAUGUACCUGGAGAAUGGAACACCUGACACAGCGGCUAUCGCACUCGAUCGGGCUGGGAAGGUAAUAGAAAAUAUACAUCCAGACAAAGCUAUACAGCUAUAUCAGCAGACGGCUUCAGUAUUUGAAAAUGAAGAACGUUUACGGCAAGCAGUUGAAAUGUAUGGCAAGGCUUCGAGGCUUUUAGUCAGAGGCCGUAGACUAGAUGAGGCUGCUUCCUCUCUUCAAAAGGAAAAGAGCAUUUAUAAAGAUAUUGAAAACUAUCCAACGUGUUACAAAAAAACUAUUGCCCAGGUUUUAGUACAUCUUCAUAGAAAUGACUAUGUUGCUGCAGAAAAAUGUGUCAGGGAGAGCUAUAGCAUACCAGGCUUCACAGAAAGUGAAGACUAUGCAGCCCUGGAACAGCUCCUAGAAGGGUAUGAUCAACAAGACCAGGACCAAGUAUCAGAUGUGUGCAAUUCUCCACUCUUUAAGUAUAUGGACAAUGAUUAUGCAAAGCUUGGCCUUUCGCUGACUGUCCCAGGAGGGGGUAUAAAGAAGAAAUCCCCAGUUACUCCACAAAAUAAAGGAGGUGGACCAGCUGUAUCAGCUUCUCAUGGAAAUGAGGAAGAUGAUGAAUAUGCAGGUGGAUUGUGCUAAUUCUGAUUCUGUUCUCAAAUACUAUAUUAGCUGUUUGCCCAGUGAACAAAUUCCAGGGCCAAUUAAAAUGACAUCAUUGCAAUCAUGAAAUUGGAAAGACAAUAAUGUCAACUUUGGGAUAUUUGUAUAAAAAGCAUGACUAUGCACCUUGAAGUAUUUCUGGAUUACAAUCAUAAACCAUAAUUCUUUACAGUGUGUUGAUUUUAAUGGAAUACUUGAGUACUGCAAUCCCUCCCUCCCAAAGGGAGAGAGUUUGGAAGGCAAUAUUUGUUUUGGAUUUUUCUUUCUAAAUAUCUGUUAUUUAGGGAAUCUGUUUCAUGGCUCAGUAUCAACAGUCCUGCUAUUCGUACUAUUUCUGUUUUUGAAUAAUACCUUUAAAUUAUUUCAAAACACCUAAAACCAUCAUAGAUAUAAGAAAUGUGUGGAUUUAAUGCACACAAAUAAUGUGAAAUGGUUUGUACUUUAUGUACUUUGUAGAUAAACCAAAAAAGAAAUCCAGCUAAAAAAAGGUAUACAGUCUUCUGUUUGGAAUCUCAGUGGGCUAGAACCAUUUGGCAUUUGUAUGCUUUCCUGAAUAUUCUUUGGUAUAGCAGAGCUCAGAUUUUCAGCCUUUGUACAAUGAGACUUUGCUGAAACAUCCAGGAAAAUAACUUGAAUUUUCAUAGAAAUCUGUACAUUAUUUCUUGCUACCUGCCACUAAACUUGACAGUUCUUCUAUUUAAGGGAAUUUAAGCAAAUUUCAAGUAGAUUGUAGAUAGCUAUAAUAAUUGUCCACAAUAGCGUAUUAUGUGACAAAGGAGAGAUAACAGAUGCUCCUCUCUGUUUGUUCAGAAAAAGCUGUAGGUUUUUAAUUCCCUGCAUUCAGGAAUCAGAGAGAGAUUUCAAGAAAUAGAGUGUAAGAAUGUUGAAUCUAGGGCCAAAUUAAAGGCUCGGUGUAUUGAAAAUUCUGGACAUAUAACAUGGAAUGGCUGGCAGUGAAAAUAAUGUUUUAAUUCUAGAUUUAAUUAUGCUUUCAAGAUUGGAAUUUGUGACAGUGGAUGUAGUUUAAUACAUUCAAUGUCUAGCCUUGAAUAUUUGACCUACUGAUCUAUAUUGUAACAGAUUAAAAAGUAAUGGAUUUACUGUUUCCUUUGUGAAAUGUAAAUACUCUGCUUUCCAGAUAAUUAGUGCUUUGUUUUCCAAGGCAUUGUACACACUUCUUUUAAUCAGAUCAAAAAUGUAGCAAAGAAGAAAAUUUUGGAAGUAAAUGCCAGCUUUUAGAGAGCAACUGAAUUGAACAGUUGGUUUGCAUGAAUAUGCUAAAAUGUAAUUCAGUGUUACAUAAAAGUAACUGCAUUCAAAGUGACUUGUAUGUAUAUCCGGAUGCUGUAUAAAAUGAUUUUUUGCAAUGUGAACCUUGUACUUAAUUGUAAAUGUGCCCAGCUUAUCAGUAAAUGCAAUGGAGUAUGAAAGUUGUCAUAAUUGCCCUGCUGCUCUAGCCUAAGACACUCUGUAGUUCAUCCAUACAAAAUAAAAAUGAUAA